AUGACAUCUCCGAACCUCGCCCCUGGAUUGCCGGAGUUCAGUCUGAAGAACAAGGUGGUCCUUGUGUCUGGCGCAGCUCGAGGGCUUGGUUUGACACAAGCCGAAGCACUGUUGGAGGCUGGCGCAAUAGUGUACGCCCUGGACAGGUUACCAGAGCCGCACCCUGACUUCCAUGUUGUCGCUGAGAAGGCGAAGAAUGAGCUGAACUCAAAGCUUGAAUACCGACAGAUCGAUGUUCGAGACGUCGACGGGCUCCACAAGGUUGUCGAAGAUAUCGCGGACAAGGAGGGGAGAAUGGAUGGUCUUAUUGCCGCUGCCGGUAUCCAGCAGGAAACGCCAGCGCUCGAGUACAAGGCUGAAGACGCCAACCGUAUGUUCGAGGUCAACGUCACUGGCGUCUUCAUGACUGCUCAGGCCGUCGCCAAGCAGAUGAUCAAGUUCGGAAACGGGGGCAGCAUGGUGUUAAUUGCCAGCAUGUCGGGCACUGUCGCCAACAGGGGUCUCAUCUGCGCUGCAUACAACUCAUCGAAGGCAGGUGUGAUCCAGCUCGCUCGAAACCUGGCCGCCGAGUGGGGUCAGCACAACAUUCGUGUCAACACCAUCUCACCAGGAUACAUUGUGACGCAAAUGGUGGAGGAGCUUUUUGUCAAAUAUCCAGACCGAAAGGAGAACUGGCCGACACAGAACAUGCUGGGAAGACUGUCAGCUCCCAAGGAGUACCGUGGUGCUGCAGUGUUCCUGAUCAGCGAUGCCAGCUCGUUCAUGACUGGCUCUGAUCUGAGGAUAGAUGGCGGACAUUGUGCAUGGUAG